AUGACCGUGACGGCAGAGGAUGCUCUUCCCAGACUGCUACCCAGCGACGUCUUGCUUAUUAGUCGUAAAACCAUUGGCAAUGGGAUAAAAGGGCAGUUGAUUGACAGUCAAGAAUCAUCCAAUCAGCUUUGCGAGCUGCAUUCGCUAUCAAAUAUAAGUCGCGCCAAACAUUUGCAAAAAGUGCCAAGCGGCUGUCAUGUGAUCUGGUGUCAUAAGACCCAAUGUCACAUGGCCGGAGCCGCAGGAACAUUCCGGCUGGUAACGGGGGUGUUGUGGUUUUCUGACCCGCUCCGUGUGUAUCAAGAGUGGCACACUGGAGCAAUGUAUUUACUUCACUGUAUAAGAUUUGGGCAACCGUCACAAUCUGUUUUGGAAUUUUUAUUAAGAAGAACGUCUACACUCAAGAAGGAUCUUCCAGUUUUAUCGCUAUUUACCAAGGAUGCUUGCACACUUUGCGAAGAAGCCAAGGAGGCAUUGGAGCCAUAUAGACACAGGUUCAUCCUGCAGGAAGUAGACAUCACGGUUCCAGAAAAUUCUGUCUGGUUCGAGAGGUACAAGUAUGACAUUCCGGUCUUUCACCUGAAUGGACAAUUUCUGAUGAUGCACAAGAUCAUAUUCCAAUUCCUUUUUGAAUGGCUCGAUUGAACCUGCCUCCACCACACUCUUGGGGACUGCAUUCCAGAUCUUAACCACCUGUGUAACGACCAGGAAGAGACGAGUGUGUAGUUGGUUUACUACACUACUCCAUAGGUUCUACCAUUAGUCAAAGUUCAAUUUACUCACCAACUUGGCCAAUUGUUUACCUUCACUACUGGUACCCAGAAUAAAAGAGACUGUAACCAG